GAAGGAGCGAUACCGAUGUGAAUGAAUGAACUGAAUGAAUGAAUGGGUUCUCUGCUUAUUAUUGAAAGUGGAGCUGAAUGUAAAAACAGCAAUGAAGCAAUGAAGGGAAGCAGCACGGAGUCACGUUGGACGACGCCAGAUUUGGAGGAGAGAGGACAGAUUCUCGGCUGAAGAACCUGCUGGUGUCUGUUCUGCUCCGGAGCGACAGACUGGAGGACCAGGACAGGGAGACCGGGAUCUGUCCUCGGUUGUCUUGCAGUGUGUCUCUGAAUCGGGGAAGAUUAAAAAAGUCCUGUCGUGUGUGGCGGGCGUAACGGACUCUGCUGUGUCAACAGGAGACGUGUCCUCCGGAGACCCUGGGCCUCUGGACCGCAGCCGGACCCCCCCCGGACCUCCCGGACCCCCCGGACCCCCCGGCCCCGAGCCCGACGCCUCCUACCUGGGAUACAUGCGGUUGCUGGGCGAAUGCCGCGGCAGCAUCGCCGCCGUGAAGAGGAUGGACUCCGAGCUGAAGGAGGACCAGGAUCCCGGGUCUGGACUGGUGGAUCCCAGCAGCUCCGAGUCGCAGACCUCAGGUGUGAUUGAGCGCUGGGAGCUGCUCCAGGCCCGGGACCUCAGCCGGCAGUUCCGGUCCAGGCAGGACCAGCAGCAGGACCAGCAGCAGGACCAGCAGCAGGACCAGCAGCAGGACCAGCAGCAGGACCAGCAGCAGUGGCAGCAGCUCCAGUCCGACCUGGACAAGCUGGAGACGUGGCUGGGACAGACGGAGGACGAGCUGCAGCGGCAGAGGACGCUGGACCUCAGCUCCGACUUCCAGACCCUCCAGCAGCGCAUCAGGAAGCUCAAGGAGCUGCAGAAGUCCUUCGACAGACGGAAGGCCAUCGUCUUGUCUGUCAACCUCUGCAGCGCCGAGUUCCUGCGGGACCCGGACCCGGACCCGGACCCGGGACGCCGGCUGCGCUGCCGGCUGAAGGACCUGAACGAGCGGUGGGACAGGACGGGCGGGGCGCUGGACGGGUGGAGGACGGCGCUGCGUGGGGCUCUGCUGCAGUGCCAGGACUUCCACGAGACGAGCCACGGUCUGCUGCUGUGGCUGGAGAACAUCGACCGGCGCCGGAACCAGCUGGGUCCCGUGGACCCGGGCCAGGUCCAGGACCGAGACGCGCUGCUCCAGAACCACCGCACGCUCACGCAAAUCCGUCAGGAGCUGCUGGACUCGCAGCUGAAGGUGUCCUCGCUGCAGGACAUGUCCGUCCAGCUGCUGGUCCAGUCCCCGGGUAGCGACGGUCUGGAGGCCAGAGAGAAGGUCCACGUGAUCGGGAACCGGCUCCGGCUGCUGCUGAAGGACGUCACCAGGGACCUGCGGGACCUGUCCCGGCUGCUGGACCUGAGCGGCAGCCAGCAGGACCUGUCUUCCUGGUCUUCAGCUGACGACUUGGACACGUCCGGCUCUCUCAGUCCAGGAUCAGGACGAAGUUCCCCGAGUCGCCGGCGCUCGCCUCGGGUCAAAUGUAUUGGUUCUCAGGCCGGAGCGUCAGACAGCAGCAGUCCACUGACCAGGUCUCACAGAGGCGAUGGAUCCGCUUCCUGCCCUUCUGAUCCUGGUCCUGGUUCUGCGGGUCCUGGUCCUGCGGGUCCUGGACGCGGGCCCUGCUUUGCGCGGCGCGUCCUGCGGGUGGCGCUGCCGCUGCAGCUGCUGCUGCUGCUGCUGCUGGUCGUCUCCUUCCUGCUGCCGCUGUCGGAGGACGACUACUGCGCCCAGUCCAACAACUUCGCCCACUCCCUCCACCCCAUGCUGAGCUACACCAACGGGCCCCCGCCGGUGUAGCGGGACCGGGACCGGGACCGGGUCCAGUCUGGCUCCAGUCUGAUUCUGGCUCAUCCCAAUCUGAUUCCAGUCUGAUUCCAGUCUCCUUUUUGUCUGAUUCCAGUCUGAUUAUAGUUUGAUUCCAGUCUGAUUAAAGUCUGAUUCCAGUCUGAUUAUAAUCUGAUUCCAGUCUGAUUCCAGUCUGAUUAUAGCCUGAUUCCAGUCUGAUUCCAGUCUGAUUCCAGUCUGAUUAUAGUCUGAUUCCAGUCUGAUUAUAGUCUGAUUAUAGUCUGAUUCCAGUCUGACUCCAGUCUGAUUCCAGUCUGAUUAUAGUCUGGUUAUAGUCUGAUUCCAGUCUGCUUAUAGUCUGAUUCCAGUCUGAUUAUAGUCUGGUUAUAGUCUGAUUCCAGUCUGAUUAUAGUCUGAUUCCAGUCUGAUUCCAGUCUGAUUCCAGUCUGAUUAUAGUCUGAUUCCAGUCUGAUUCCAGUCUGAUUCCAGUCUGAUUCCAGUCUGAUUAUAGCCUGAUUCCAGUCUGAUUCCAGUCUGAUUCCAGUCUGAUUAUAGUCUGAUUAUAGUCUGAUUCCAGUCUGAUUAUAGUCUGGUUAUAGUCUGAUUCCAGUCUGCUUAUAGUCUGAUUCCAGUCUGAUUAUAGUCUGGUUAUAGUCUGAUUCCAGUCUGCUUAUAGUCUGAUUCCAGUCUGAUUUUAGUCUGACUAUAGUCUGAUUCCAGGCUGAUUCCAGUCUGAUUUUAGUCUGACUAUAGUCUGAUUCCAGGCUGAUUCCAGUCUCCUUAUUGUCUGAUUCCAGUCUGAUUAUAGUCUGAUUCCAGUCUGGUUAUAGUCUGAUUAUAGUCUGAUUCCAGUCUGAUUCCAGUCUGAUUCCAGUCUGGUUAUAGUCUGAUUCCAGUGUUAUUUUAGUCUGAUUCCAGUCUGAUUCCAGUCUGAUUAUAGUCUGAUUCCAGUCUGAUUAUAGUCUGAUUCCAGUCUGGUUAUAGUCUGAUUAUAGUCUGAUUCCAGUCUGAUUAUAGUCUGAUUCCAGUCUGAUUAUAGUCUGAUUCCAGUCUGGUUAUAGUCUGAUUAUAGUCUGAUUCCAGUGUGAUUUUAGUCUGAUUCCAGUCUGAUUCCAGUCUGAUUAUAGUCUGAUUAUAGUGUGGUUCCGGUCUGGUUCCGGUCUGCUUCCAGUCUGCUUCCAGUCUGGUUCCAGUCUGGUUCCGGUCUGGUUCCAGUCUGGUUCCAGUCUGGUUCUGGUCUGCUUCCAGUCUGGUUCCAGUCUGGUUCCGGUCUGGUUCCAGUCUGGUUCCAGUCUGGUUCUGGUCUGGUUCUGGUCUGGUUCCAGUGUUUGAGUGUAAAGCUCCAGAGUUAAACCUGAACAGAAACGUGGACUUCAUGGCCGUUCUGGACCAGUUCUCCGGCUGCGGCCCGGUGUGCUCACCUCCAGCGGGACUCGAACUCGCAUCUUUAUACAUCCUGCUCUUGAUUUUUCAAACAAGUCUUUAAAACCAGGAAGUCUGUAUCUUAGAGGUCAAAGGUCGAUUUUCCAUGAGCCUGAAUCCCGGGUCGGAGUGAGGUCACUGAACUGGUCCAGGAAGCAGAACCCGAUGUGGAACCUGAGCUCAAGAGAACAUCAGAAACGUUCCACCGUCUGUCUCUGGACCGCUGGAGGACCGAGCUGGUUCUCUGUGGAACCUUGCAGAACGUCUCCUCGCCUCAGCGCCGAGUCUGGACCAGGACCAGGACCAGGACCAGGAGGACCAGUGUGGAGGUUCUGGUGAACCAGGUUCUCCUGAGGUCCUCGGAGGACAGACGCUCCAGGACUCACUGGGAGACGGAACCCGUUCUGCUUCGACUGUCUGCCUGAAGACAGUCCAUCUGUCCGUCCCUUCAUCUGCCGUCAUGAGGAGGACAGGAGGACAGGACACUGUCCCUCAGCUGGAGGACGGCUCUCUGUCCUGCUGUGUCCCCACUCAGUCUCAUUCUGUCCUCACUGUGUCUCUGUCUGUCCAGCCGUCCUCUGCUUCUGCUCUUCCUCUUCAGGCUCUGCAGGUCUGAGUUCCACACACACACACACACACACACACACACACACUCUGAGCCACUGCAGUGGACAGUGGAGGGUCUCAGCCGACUGAGACGUCCUCAGAGCAGGACAGAGCAGGUCCUUCAUGUCCACCACAGUCAGACUGGACAGCUCCACUGUGGACAGUUUACCCCUGGACAGUAUGUCCUGCAGCCAUGGACACUCUGUGGACACUGUGGACACUCCGUGGACACUCUGUGGACACUGUGGAACCUGUUUCUGUCUUAAAGCCCUGGUUUUAUUUCAGAUUCAUGUUUUCAUCCAGUUUUGUUUUUACUUUUUCUAUUAUUGUUCUGACCACGAGUCCCCCCGUUACUUUCAUUACCCCCCCCCCCCCCGUCCCCCUGUCCCCCCGUCCCCCCGUCCCCCUGUCCCUGUACAUUU